UUUUAAUUUUCUACUAUAUGGUUCUAAAAUCACAUUUCGUUUUGUUAUUUUUAUUUUAAAUAAAUAAUGAGUAUUUUAUUUUCACAUUAUUGAAGUCAAUAGUUGUUUAAUUUAGAUGCCAAUUGAAGAAUCCUACUUUUCUUCAGAAUCUGACCCGGAUUCCGAGGAGGAAAGUGUUGAUUCUGAAGAAAAUAACACCGGGAUAUUAUUCUUUAAAAGAUCUCCAAACGACGAGUCGAGGUUGGCUAGAAAUAGCAUAAUUUACAAGAGGAAUUCCUUAGAGAAGGGCCUGACUAAGGAUAAAAGGGUUACUGUACAGCAGGUUUUAGAUAAGAGAACAUACAUUAGAUUAAAAAGACUCCAUGGACGUGGGAUUUUUGAUUAUAUCUAUGGAGUUAUAAGCACAGGCAAGGAGGCGAAUGUUUACGAAUCUGAAGGCACUCUUUUAUCAACUAAACAUAGAAUUGCAAUUAAGGUUUACAAAACCUCAAUACUGAUUUUCAAGGAUAGAUCACGGUACAUUGAGGGUGAAUUUAGGUUUCGGAGAUCCUACGUUGGCACUAAGAACCCACGUAAAAUGGUCAGUCAGUGGGCUGAAAAGGAGUUUAGAAAUCUUCGUAGAAUAUCCUUAUCAGGGAUUUAUUGUCCAUGUCCUAUAGCACUUAAGGACCACAUUCUUGUGAUGGAGCUUAUCCAUGACUCAAAUGGUACUGUUGGACCAAAAUUAAAGGAUUUGGGUGAACUUCCGGUAUCAGAAUGGCUUCUUAUCUACUCCCAGGUUAUUUCAAUCAUGAGAAUAUUGUACCAAGAGUCCAAACUCAUCCACGCAGAUUUUUCCUCGUAUAACCUUCUCUAUUCAGACUCUAAGGUGGUUGUGAUAGAUGUUUCCCAGGCUGUUGAAAACGAUCAUCCAAACGCUGUUUACUUUCUUAAGAGAGAUUGUGAAAACAUAACAACUUUCUUUACCACAGUUUCAUUUGAUACUCCAAAUGAAGAAGACUCAGAUUCCUCAUUUGAUUGUGACCAUUCUAAUACCGUGCUAAAUAACUCUUUCAAUAUACUAACUUCUUUUCAGCUGUUUAAUUUCAUAACCAUGGACCUUGAUCUUGGUAAUAUUGAUUUAAGACUGGACUUGGUUGACGACGAUGUGGAUGAAUACGUUGGCAAGAUGGUUUACACUUCAAAAAAUGCCAAGAUUGACCACUUAAGGGAGGUGAUAAUGAAGAAAAGAGCUUUUUACAACGCAUUUUACAGGCAUGUAUAUAACUUGUUAGUGGUGAAGGAUCCUGUAAUAUUUAUUAAAGAACCAUACGAAAGUGUAAAUUUUAUUUCUCACCAGGCUUCGUGGAAUUCACUUAAUCAUCUAAACCUUUCAUCAUUAACUGUGGAUGUUUUGGAUAAGUUGGAGAGGGAAAACAAUUUACCAGAGGUUAACAACAGAGUUAAGCUUACCAAUGAUGAGGAUUAUUUGUUUGAUGGUGGUAUUGACCCAAAUGAUAACACACCUGAACAGCCUGAUGUGACAUCUGAGAAUGAUAAUGUUAAAUUUAACGGGAAAAUUCCUGAAGGCAUUGAUCCAAAGGACUGGAAAAGGAUGGUAAAACAGAUGAAUAGGGAACGUAGAGAACAUAAGAUACCAAAACACAUUAAAAAAUCCUUUAAAAACAAACAUAACUAAUUUAAUAAA